CCCUCUCCCAGAGUCCUUUGCCCUAAACACAUGACGUCAGAACAGCACUGACAUUGCACAGCAGUUGCUUCUCACUGUAUUUCACAGGCUGUGCCAUCUAUCCCUGGAUCCCUGCAGGAUGGGAGCCCCAGAACACUGUCGCUGUGACUACAGCCUUCUUUUAUUGCUGCUUGUCAUUGUGUCUGCAGUCAGUGCAGGGGAUCUUUUUGAUGCCCAGCUGGGAGACAUCACCUCCUGCAGCCAGCAGUGUCAGUUCACCUUCAAGCACAAAAGCUCCAAUGAAGAUGAUGUCCUUGGUGCCUGCUACAGAGGAUGCAGACUUUUCUCCAUCUGUCACUUUGUGGAUGUCAUUGCUGAUCUUAACACAACGAGAGCUGAAUGCGAGUCAGCCUGUGCUGAAGCCUAUCCUAAAACUGAAGAGCAGAAUGGCUGUACUACAGGAUGUAGAAAACAGCUUGCUGAAGCUGAAAAUCAGAAAGAAAGGAUGCUAGACUUCCGAAUUCCCUCAUCUUUUUCCAUGUUUGAUCUGAUCUCUGGGUUCUGCAGUGACCUUGUAAGCUCAGCUCAGAGCUUUAUCUCUUCCACUUGGACUUUCUACCUGCAGUCUGACGAUGGGAAAGUUGUGGUAUUUCAGGUGAAUUCUCAGCCAGAAGUGGAAUACCCAGUGCUAGAGCUUCAAGCUCCAAGAUCAGAGGUCACUGAUAAAUCAGGAAGAAAGCCAGUUCUUAAUACCUUGAAGCCAAAUACAGGCAUUCGAGAAAAAGUAGAGAAGACUUCAGGAAAGGAAUCCAGAAUAAAACACAAGUUAUCCCAUUUGGAAACUCCACAAUCUGAACAUGAUUUUCUUGGGUGUAUGUCCAAGCGAUCUGGAUUACCACGAUGGAUUCUGGCUGCCUGCUUGUUUCUGUCUAUUAUGGUGAUGCUCUGGCUUAGCUGUGCUAGUUUGGUGACUGCACCUGAUCAGCAUGUUAAGUCACAGCCAUUGAGCAUAAACGGUGACAAAGAAUACCUAGAAGACAUGGAAAAGCCAGAACCUUUCCCUCUGCCACCUGUUGUUGCAGUUACUAUCUGCCCAACUGAAGAGAGUGAGGAGGCUGGGCCACUGCCAGUGAAAGUGGACCUUGGCAAAACUAUAAUCUAAAAUGUUUGUCUUUAAACCUUUACUACUACAGGGGGGUGUGCACUACAUUGCAUUAAAGUCUCCUGCAGAAUUAAAGGGCAUAAUUGUCUUGUCAUACUGGUUUUAUAAACAGUGCUUGUUUUGCUUCCUUUCUUUGCAAAGCAUCUGGAAUGGUUGCUCCACAAAUGGCCAGAGCUUGGAGGUGACUAGAGUCAAAGAUUCCUUGUCAGUUACUGUAAAAAAUAUAUUCCAGAGGUUUUCAUGGAUGCAAUUUUCCCACAGUACAUUGAAAAUUUCCAGUUUGUAUCUUGUACUGAUGUAUGACAAGAUCAAGUUACUGUACAGCGCUAAAAAGUGUAUGUGCUUUAUAUAUAAAAUUAUAAUAUAAUAAUGUAACAUUAUUAAAGUAAUCAACAUUUAAGAUGUCAGUUACAGCUAUGGCUCAGGUUGAUUCACUCACACUACUUCACAGCCUCAUUUUUAAAGACCAUAAGUCUUUCUUCUCCAAACUGGUUUAGCAUCCUGCUGUGAUACAAGAAGGUUCUUUUGAAAAGACAUGAGUAUGUGAAUCUUCUAUAUCAGCAAAGAAACUAGAUCAUUUAAAGUGAAGACUUUGUAUCUAGUGCAACUCUCACAAAAUAAUUCUUUUUAUAUGUGGGCCCUUAGGUAUGAAUGGUCUACUAAGUUGUAGUUCAAGGUGUGAUGUAGUCUAGUGGUGUGCAACCUUUUUUAGAUGGGUGCGCCAAUACUUUGGGAUUCUAGGUGAUAAUUUAGUCAUUGCAUUUGUAUAAUUUUUUAAAUAACAGAAUAGAUUUUUAUGUUGACUACUUAUUUAGUUAAAUACAUUUGCAGAGUUUCUCUUUAUGGGACCCUUUUCUUUGUAAAAAAUGGUCAGCUUUGUGUAAGAUUUACAGAUUUUUCUGUCUUUUUUCAGUGAUUAAAGUUGCCUGCUUAAAUGUU